CAGUUUUGUCAUAGUAAAUAAUAAUAUUAUUCCAUUUUUAAAAAUAAUACUACUAUUUUCUCAAAAAGAAAGGCAUAAAAUGUGGUAAGAUUCUCUCCGUAACCGUCCUCUAUUUUCUAUAAGAACCGACCCACCCCCAAAGACAACAAAGCAAUUAUUCAAUUAAAAGUAUCAAAAUCAAAGAGAGAGAGAAAACAAUGGCCGCAACAGCAGAAUUGAUCCCAGCAGGAGAAGUGAUCGCUUGCCACACCGUUGAGGACUGGAACAACAAGCUCAAGGCAGCCAAAGAAUCCAACAAACUGAUUGUGAUAGACUUCACAGCAGUGUGGUGCCCACCUUGCCGUUUCAUUGCACCCAUCUUUGUCGAGCUCGCUAAGAAGCACCUUGAUGUUGUCUUCUUCAAGGUCGACGUCGAUGAAUUGGCCACUGUUGCUAAGGAGUUCGAUGUUCAGGCCAUGCCGACCUUUGUCUACAUGAAAGGCGAAGAGAAGCUCGACAAGGUUGUUGGUGCUGCGAAGGAGGAAAUCGAAGCCAAGCUUUUGAAGCACUCUCAAGUUGCUGCCGCUUGAUUACCCUUCUUCUUUCUUCUAUUUGCUAAUGUGUUUGGUGUUUUAAUAAAAUCCUUGUUGACAACUUUCGCUUGAGUCAUCUUCCUUGUGUGGUGGUGCCUACAAGCCUUUGGUGUGAAUAAAUGGUUGCAAACUUUAUUACUCGCAGCUAUGCUCUCAUUUUCAUGUUAGUUGUUUUUUAACUAUUGAGAUUAUUGUGUUAUGUCAAAUUUCGGUAUUAUGUUUA